AUGAUUGUACUUUAUGGUGAUGCAAGAUAUGAAUAUAAACAUGGUAUACAACGUCAACAUAUACAAGAUAGACGUAUAGCUGUUACAUUUCGUGAAUUAACUGGAAAAAAUGAAAAAUUUUAUGAAGAAAAUAAAGAUUUAUAUGAAAGAAUUAUUCGAAUUGGAAAACGUUUUACAGGAAUAUCUGUUGGAAGAUUUGAAAAAAUUUUUCAUGAUAUUAAUACAAUAAUGAUUGUAAGUUUUAAUUAGAUAUUAUAAGAAGAUUUAUUUAAUGAGAGAAUAUCGUUAAGAAAAUUUAUAUAUUUUUACAUAAAUGUAGAUCCUAAAAUGACUAGUAGAAAUUUAUAAAGAAAAUUUAUUAUAAUUUUUUUUUUCUCUGGUAUAUAUUUUUCUAGUAAAAUCUUAAUGAUGAUAUUCUAAUGAUUUAUCUAUAGCUGGCCUCCCACUCGACCUCUUUUUCCUCCUUUUUCACGAAAAUAGCAUUUAUUGACGAAAAACUUCGUUAUUAUUGGUUCAUCCGAUGAUUCACAGUGCGAUUUAUCUUUGUCAGCAUAUAUUACAGAGAUGACCACAAUCGUACAGCGC